AUGUUUCCUUUCUCCCGAAAUAAUACAUCUACCCCUGCUAGAAGAAGCGGUGGGUCCAUCGGAUCUUCAAGUAAUGCUUGUCGAAAGGCGGAAAACAAUUCGCCAUACUUCUCCCGUUUUUUCUCCUCUCCUGGUUCGAGGAAUAUCGCCACUCUCAGUCCCAGUUUGUCCUUGCGUUCCCCUCGACAAAACAUCCCUAUUCGUAGAGAACUGCCUCCCUCACUCUUCAAUUUCAGUUCACCCGCCCGCCAGCGACUGCCACAGGCACCAAAACCUGUCUCCUCACGACCACGAAAUGCUAUCGAAUUUCUGAGCCAAUCUAAUUCUUCUAUGAUGGAACGUGCACUUCGAGUACUUGAAUCAAAACGCAAAAAACGCUCUAAUGAGGCUUUUCUUGAAGACGAGCCGGAGUCAGAGCAUGUAUCAUUAAAGCGUUAUCGCACUAGUGAGGAAAAUAACAGUAGUCCUCUAUUGGCCAGAUCAAUACCGAUGCCGCCUCAAGAUGUCGAGAUUAUUUCGCAUUCAAAGCUGAAUCAACCCAAUUCUACGUCUCGUCCUAGCUCUUCCAAGCUACCUGAUCAAGUGUCUCGCCUUUCUUCGGCUGCCCUAGAGGCCAUAGCUUUCGGAAUGAAGCGCCGACGGCCAGAAGAUGAGGAAAGGGAAGGCGAAGACGUGAGUGGGAAUAAAUGGACACCAAAUUGGAGGUGCAGCAGUGCUAUUUCAAAUCUUGAUGAAAAAUCAUCGCCUAUUUCGCCUCCUCCGACUGCUAAAAGACGCGUCAUGCGUGACUGUGAGACCCAAACUGUAUUUCUUGUUGAUAGCGCUACAAAUACGAGCGAACUUUUGUCGUCACCUCAUCAACGGAGACAUCCAACUAGUUCGAACCGCCCCGCAUCAGUUUCGCGGUUUAUUGCUGGCUUGGAAGCGAGAGCUCGAGCUAAUGCUCUGAGCAAACGGUUGGCCGCAUCACCAAUUACUGUGCUCACCCAGGCUGAUUCAUUAGAGGCUCGUCAUGCCAAAAUUCGUCAAAUGUUUGCUGAUCUAACCGAGAAGGCUGAAGUAGAUCUUGCUAAUAACACUUCGUCUGUGAAAACGCCUAGCCCUCUUGGUAUGACAACCAAUUCUGUUAGCCUUGCAAAUGUGUCAUCUCUCUGUUUUUUAUCGUACAUGUUUGUUGUCUUUGUUUUAGGCUUUACUACAAACAUAUCUAGCCCCCACGACAUCGCAUCUUCCUCUAUGCCUAUACUGCCACCUGUGUCAUCUUUAGCAGCCGUGUCAUCUGUGGCUCCACUAUCAUCUAUUGAAAUGCAACCAGUGACAGUUCUCUCUGGAACUGCUUCUGUCGCCACUGGUGCUGUGAUAACUGAACCACCGGUUGCUACAGCCUGUUCGCUUCCAUCUACCUUGCCUCCGUCUGAACAAUUAUCAAAUGUUAGCGAACAGAGUUCUGUCACCUCUGCUGGCAUGAUGAACCUGCCAUUUGUCUUUGGGCUAAAAUCUACCGCUUCUACAGGAAAUACCACCUUAACCCCCUCUUCCAGCGUCACGUCAACUUCUGUUGCUCCCAGCUUCACCUUCUCCAUGGAGUCGACUUCGCAGAAAUCCGAUGAGCAACAAUCUUUCACCAAAACCACGGCCACGGCUCUUUCCUUCACGCCUCCAGUUUCCAAACCCAUCUCUGCUCUUGGACAAACGAGCGUUAGUGAAACUACUUUCCCAUCUGCUAUCUCUGCCUCUUCUGCAGCUAGUGUUGCUGUUACAUCUUCUGCGUCGGGUUUUACUUUCACCUUGGCGAAAUCCACUCCUUCAGGGAGUUCCGCUACCGUAUCUUCCAUGCCGAAUUUUGAUUUCUCCACCAUCCCAAAAUCAUCCAUGCCUGCAGUGUCAACGACGGCUCCAUUCGCGCCAUUGGUUACUACUUCAAGUAGCCUAUCGCCUUCAACUAGUUCCGCAAACGACACCCGAGCUUCCUCGGCUGCAUCUCUCUUCAAUUUCCCUUCUACCAUUACCACCACUACUGACAUUGCAACAGUAGCUGCUGCUGCCGCCACCACGAGCGGUGGGAUUUUCAUCUCUUCAACUGUGACCUCCACGAGCAACGUCUCUGCUUCGUCCGCAUCUUCAGUAGCGGCUACAGCUCAAUUGGAUUUUACUUUUAAAAAAAACGCGCCUACCUCUGUCAAUUCUACUUUGGGAACGAGUCCUAUGUUCGACUUCUCAGCAAGGUCACCGCCUCUCAAUGCGACAACUGGUACGGUGCCAUUAGUAUCGUCGUCGGCGCUCACUAUGCCUGCAUGCAACUUUUCUGCCAAACCGGAUGCAAUUAAAACGAACUCUUUCUUUACUGCUCCUGCUGCUACCACAGCAUCAUCCGUUUUGGCACCGGCAAAAUCGAUUCCAGCUUUCAGCUUCGUGCCAACCACUUCUACUACCACGGCAUCAUCCUUAUUCGAUUUCUCGACAAAAUCAACAACGGCUCAUGCAACAAUAGGAGAAGCUGUCGUGCCAGUAGUCAAUUUUAAUGCGACUGUUACUACCGCCGCCGCCGCCGCUACUACCACAUCUAAUGUUUCCUUCUCGUUCCCAGUGAAGUCUGCAUUUUCCAAUGGCAACACCGCUAUUCCUUCUUUUGGUUUUCCUGGUGUGCAGAGCACUCCUACGACUAUAACCGCUACAAAUACUCCCUCCUUUCCUUUCCCCAAAACCAACACUUCUGGUCUCACUAAUGGUGGUAGUUCGGACGGUCUUUUCGGUACAGCUCCAUUUAAGUUUCAGAACUCAUCAAACUUAACUUCGAUCACCAGUGUCGGUAGUGGUUUCGCUUUUACUUCUCCCUCCACGAUCAUAACCGCCACAACCACCACUCCAGUCUCCUUCAACUUCUCUAGCGCUGUCACCACCACUACUCCAACACUUGGAGGCGGUGGUCUCAGUGGUUUCAAUUUUUCAUCAAGUGUAGCACCUGUCGCUGGUUCUUCUACAGCGUUCGCUCCAAAAUCCGGGACUGGGGUCUUCCAGUUUGGUGCUCAGCCUACCACAGCUUCCACCACCACCAGCGCUUCGUCUGGCUUUUCUCUCACCCUGUCAUCCACGAAAAGCUCACCUUCCAUCUUCUCUAUCAACGAUCACACGAAGCGCACCGGAGAUUCCUCUUUUUCCGACGGUCUCUCGGCACCAAAAUUACAAGCUUCUGCUUUUGGUGGGGGACCAGUGAAUCCCUCACCUUUUGGCGGAACCAAUGUUCAAACUUUUAACUUUGGCGGAAGUGGUGCUGCCGCUCCUGGAAAUAUCGCUAGCGCUAGUAGUGGAGGCUUUAACUUCAGCGCCGCUGUGACCGAACCCGUUGGAAGCUUCAAUUUCAGUCAGACACAAUCGGCUCCUGUCUUCGGUGGAGCAGGCAGGGCGCAGCCGAAUCCCUUCAGUGCAGUAGCACCAACACCCCCGAAUGCGACUGCGGCCUUCCAGCAGCGGCGGAGACAAAUUCGUUACUCGAAGCGACGAUAA